GAACUUAAUGAACUUAAUGACUGAAGUUAAUGACUUUAAUCUUGCAAGUGUGUUUGAUCCAUUUUAUAGAGGUUAUUCUAUCACAUUAAUCAAGGGCAACAAAGAUCAUUUAGAUGGAAUAAUAGACCAACUGAUAGAUAAUCAUCCAACUACCAGAGAAUACAAUGAGGCUUAUAAGGCUUCAUUACCUUCUGCAAUGCCAAACUUAGAUGAAGAUAUGAAUGAUUUUGAGAGAAUGGCCAUGGAAAAUGAUGGAAAUGAUGCACCAACUUUGGCAGGACCAUCAGAGCCUCCUCUGAAGAUGGAAUUUAAGAGGUACUUGUCUAUGCAAAAGCCAGCUAAGGAUGUGAAGGUUUUGGAAUGGUGGAAGGUCAAUCAAAAGGAACUGCCAUUACUAGCUGCUAUGGCAAGGAAGUACUUGUGUCCACCAGUGACUUCAUGCUCUUCAGAAAGGCUAUUUUCAUUAGGAGGAAAUAUUAUUAGUGAUAAAAGACACAAUAUGAAGCCAGAGACCCUUCAAAAAAUAAUGUUUUUAAAAGAAAACUUUCCACUAGUCAAAUCAAAAAUAAGGUCCUGGGACAAAAAAUGCCCUGGUGAACCAGGCUAUCAGUCUCAACCUCUAUCAUCCACCUCUCAAGAUCAACCUCUACCAUCCACCUCUCAAGAUCAACCUCUAUCAUCAACUUCACAGACUCAACCUCUACCAUCACCUUCUCAGACUCAACCUCAACCAUCUCCAUCUACACUAACCCAAUCAACCAAACAGAAAAAAAUGAAAAGUUUUUUGAAACCAAAUGAAUCACAGUCUCAAAGUCUACUACAAAGAGCUAAAAAAGGGAAACUUGUACUUGAAUCACCAAUGAAAAAAACCCUAUAUAUGAUGCAUCUAAAGAUUUAUUUAAUACUGAAGCUAGUGAUAGUUCUACUAGCGUAGCUUAUAGCAGUGCUAGUAGUAGUCGCAAUGGCAGCAAAGACAGUGUCACUGAUCUCACUGAUAGUGAUUUAGAAUAACUGUAUUUUUCAACUGUAU